UUUUAUUAUAGCUUGAUUCCACACAGUAUUUUUGUUACAACUAUGGAAUUUUCAGCAUGUGAUAUCGGUAGCCCAAAUGUAGCAGUGCGACCAUUGAUAUCAGGUGUGCAUCGAACGGGGAUCGAACUCAGGAACCAUGUGCAUGGUUGGCAAGCUUUAUUAAUCUACAACUCUAGAGAGAAACACGCGAAAAAAACCACUCUUAUCAAUGUUACUAGGCAGACACUGGUAAGAAAGACAAAUUCGAAAAUUUGCCUAACUUAUAUAUCCGAACGCAGCAUGCACGGACAAACACAAGGACAGCAUACAAAUUAACAGAUAGGGAACUUAAUGUACAUGAAACGGCAUUACUUCAGAAAGGAUUAAACUUUAUCAUAAUUCGACAACCACUGAAAGCGAUAGAAAUAACUCCCAUCAUGGAACCUAUAUUAACCCUUUUACCUAAUGAUGAUGCUAAUGAACUGCGUCAGAAGGUUGGAUGUAUUCGGUCGAAUCAAAAGUAGGUCAUCCCAAAUUUGUCGAAAAACAAACGUCAUGCAUUACAAACAUUAAGAUCAGACAAAUCUAUUGUUACAACUAAAGUCGACAAGGCAAUAUCACUGUGAUUCUCAAUAAAGA